AUGUCGAGCAAAUUUGCAGAAGCACACAUCGGAGAACCUCAAGAUAUAUUCAACGAUCAUAGCCUGGACCACAACGUGGCGGAGAAGGAUGCGACCACAGCGGACGCGCACGACAUGCACCGCAUGGGAAAGACGCAGGAAACCCGGCGAAACUUCCGUUCUAUCACCAUUCUAGGAUUCUGCAUAGUUCUUCUUUCGACUUGGGAGACUAUCCUUGCCACAUCCGUCUUUGCUCUUGCCAACGGCGGAACAGCAGGGCUUAUCUGGGGAUACUUCAUCGUCAUGAUUGGGUUCGGCUUCGUUGUUGCUUCGCUGGCUGAAAUGGCAUCAAUGGCACCAACGGCUGGCGCACAGUACCACUGGGUAUCAGAGUUCGCACCACCAAGCUGCCAGAAGUUUCUCAGCUAUCUGGUAGGUUGGCUCGGGGUUCUGGGCUGGCAGACCGGUGUAGCAACCGUUUCGUAUCUUUCCGGCAAACAGAUCCAGGGCCUCAUCAUCUUGAACAAUACAUCAUACAUCCCGAAGGCGUGGCACGGAACGCUCCUCAUCUGGGCUGUCCUGGCCAUAUGCUUGGGGUUCAACACAUACCUCUCUCGCCAUCUACCAUUAAUAGAAGGAGGCGUCGUCAUACUGCACGUUGCUGGAUUUUUCGCUGUCGUAAUUCCACUCUGGGUCAUGAGCGAUAGAAGCCACUCUUCCAGCGACGUCUUCACGGUCUUUGAGGACAAUAUGAUGUGGGACAAUAUUCCGCUCGCGGUCAUUCUUGGCCUUACGAGCGCUACCAGCUCCUUCGUUGGCGUUGAAGCGGGAGCACACAUGGCGGAGGAGGUACGCGAUGCUGCCCAUGUGAUUCCGCGCGCUAUGAUGUGGACGUGGCUCGGGAACGGGUUGCUCGGCUGGAUCAUGGCAAUCACCUUCUGCUUCUGCGUCACCGAUACGGUCUCUGUACUUACGACCCCACUUGGCACGCCUUUCAUUCAAGUUUUCGUCGACACGACCAAGUCCGUAGGCGGCGCGACUGCGCUGACGGUUUUAAUGUUGGUCGUUGCGAUUUUCGCUUGCGUUGCUAUUAUGGCAACAAGUUCACGCCAGGUAUUUGCCUUCGCUCGUGAUAAUGGCGUCCCAUUUGCGCAUGUCUUCAGCAAGGUAUCAACGAAGCGCCAAGUACCGAUCAACUCGACCUACAUAACGGUUGUUUUCGUCGUAAUUCUGUCGUGUAUCAACCUUGGCUCCACCGUCGCGUUCAUGCAGGUCAUUUCACUUGGUGUAGCUUCGAUGCUGACCUCAUAUCUGAUCACGAUCUCGUGCGUUGCCCUGAAGCGCAUAAGAGGCGAGCCGCUCCUGCCGUCCAAGUUCGACCUGGGAAGACUUGGAUUACCAAUCAACAUCAUCGCUGUACUUUUCCUGCUGUUUGCUUGGGUCUUCUGCUUCUUCCCUGUUGGGCCUCGACCAACAGUAACAGAUAUGAACUGGGCGGUCCUGGGAUAUGGAAUUGUCGUUCUCUUUGCUAUACUGUACUACAUUCUUCGUGGCAGACACGCGUACGUUGGUCCGGUCAAAUAUGUUCGGAUGACAUAA